UCCUCAGGAAACAGCACUAUGGUGACCAAUGACACUAAAACCAUAUUUGAGUUGAUAGAGGAUGUGAAUGAAGGUAUUUCCAUGCCCCUAAGAGGAGGUGACAUUGCUUAUACUUUUGCCCGCAGUGCCAUUAAGUGCGACGGUUGCAUCUGGGACAUUUCUCCAAAUGGAAGGGUUUAUGUCCCAUACAUUAUUUCAAAAAAAUUCACUGAUUCAGAUAUAUCUGUGAUCACUUCUGCCAUGAAGGAGUUUGAAGCCAUGACUUGUGUAAAGUUUGUCAGCAGAACUUCAGAAAGAGACCAUAUCAGUAUAGAGACUGAGCCUGGAUGCUGGUCAGAGAUUGGAAAGUUUGGUGGCCGACAGAGUGUUAACCUGGACCGAUCUGGUUGCAUUUUUUAUGGGGUGAUCCAACAUGAACUGAUGCACUCACUUGGGUUUUUCCAUGAGCAUGCCAGAAGUGACAGAGAUAACCAUAUUAAACUCAUGUGGCAGUACAUAAAAACAGGGGCAAAGGGCAACUUUGACAUAGAAGCGACCAACAGUCUUGGCCUUCCUUAUGAUUAUAGCUCAGUGAUGCAUUAUCAAAAAUCGUCCUUUACCAAUACUCCAGGACAAGCUACAAUCAUUCCAAUUCCUGAUCCCACAGUACCUAUUGGACAGAGGAUAGGUAUGAGUCAUCUCGACAUCAUGAAGAUUAAUAAGCUCUAUCAAUGCAAUCUGUGUCGCUUUAAAUUGUCCGAUAAUUCAGGAUCUUUCUCGACUGAUGAUAUUUUACCAGGACUGAAUGGUGACAACUGCCUUUGGUUGAUCCAAGUCCCAAAUAAGAGUAAAUUCAUGCUGGAAAAGCUGGUAGCAAAUUCCUCCAGCACAAUGAUAUGUUUUGGAGAAGUGUAUCUUCAACUAAGUGACAUUCAUGGCCCUUCUUCUAAUGGAUGCAAUGACAAUUAUAUUAAAAUAUACGAUGGGACCAAUACACUGGCCCAGGUUCUCCUAAACAACACUUGUGGAAAUGUGACACUCCCUCCUAUAAUUUCUUCUAAAAAUCAGAUAUUGCUGGAGUUUGGAAGAACUCAACUUAAAAUGACAAAAACACCAACAUUUAAUGCAACCUACACUACUGGACUGAAGCUGCUCUCUAAUAUACCAGUAAAAAAUAUUCGAGGAACUCUACCAAUGUUAUAA